UUUCAAAAUAAACUUUUGUUGAAGUUUUCUUAACUCAAAAGGAUAUACUGUGUAUCUCAAUGAGAGAAAACAUUUUUUACCGUUAACACAAAAUCUUGAUGUCUGACAGAGAUAUCAGAUAAGUAUUUUUUUCCCCUAUGAUAUCUACCAGGCUGUUACAGAAAAACUGGGUGGGGGUGUUGUAAGACACGAUACAUGUGCCAAUUUUAGGGAGCCACAUUACAUGGCAGCAAGGGGUUGAGUUAUGACCUACUGGACUCUCUGGAAUUUCAGAGUCUAAAAUUCACUCACCUCUGCUCAACUUAUUUGUGCUGAGACACAAGGCUCCUCACUCUUAAGACAGAGCACCAACUGAGUGAUCGGUAAGAUGUGCAGUGCUUUUUCAGCACUGCUUCAUGAAAAAUAUAUACGACUGAAUUAUUUGAUCAUCGACAGGACAUGUGUUAAACUUUCAUCUUGGCAGAUAAAGCAGCAGCUAGCAGCUGAAGUGACUGUGUCCAAUCAGGAAUUCUGUUUCUCUCCACUGGAACCAUUCAACUGGAUAUUUAGCAGACUGUAACAAGGCCACAUAUGUUCAAAUGGAGAUUUCACUUGAAGAUGGUAAAAACUCCUGUCCCAACUUUGAGUACAAGCGAGCUCACCAGGCAUUUAGGGAUCGCUGGAAAGAGACGGAUGAAACAAUGUGUCGCCACAGCAUGUCCUUUCACUUGCACCAUACAAUGAGGAGUGACUUCUUUGCCAGCUACCUGUACCUGUUGGAGAAGAUUCCUCUCGUGAAACUGUUUCCAGUCACAUGUGAGUACAUCCAAGGAGAGAAACAGUUCUACUACAAAGCGCAACAGUUCUAUGAGGAUGUCCCAGCUUCAGAAGAGGGAAUGAUGGGAGACUUUGUGGAAAUAUCAAAUGUGGAUCUGGAGACUUCCCGCCGAUUUCUAAAGAGGUUUGUGGGCCCUGGAAAGGCUGGCACUCACUGUGCUCUGGACUGCGGCUCCGGUAUUGGUCGUGUGACCAAAGGAGUUCUCCUCCCGGUGUUUGAGAAAAUGGAGAUGGCAGACAUGAUGGAGCACUUCCUUGUCCAUGCACAUGAGAAUUACCUGGGUGAUCAUGCAGACCGAAUUGAGACCUACUACUGCUAUAACCUACAAGAAUUUACACCUCCAAAAAACAAGUAUGAUGUCAUCUGGAUGCAGUGGGUGGCAUGCCACCUGACAGACAAAGACCUGAUGAACUUCCUUAUUCGCUGUAAGAAGAGUUUGCGUUUAAAUGGUGUCAUUAUUAUAAAAGACAAUAUGGCACGACAGGGAUGUAAGCUGGACACCAUUGACAGCAGCAUAAGUCGACACCUGGAUAUCAUGAAGACCAUUAUUUACAAGGCUGGCCUCGAGAUCUUGGCUGUUGAAAGGCAGGAGGGCUUCCCAGAGGUCAUGAUGCCUGUAUGGAUGAUUGCAAUGAAAUAGAAUUUGGCAAACAGGCCGUUUAUGUUUGAUGAGACAGAUUGAUUAGACAGCACUUUUGGGUUAUGGAGUUCCUUUUUUUUUUCCUUUUUUUUUUUUGUUCAACUUUGUGGUGCAGUGUCAAGUUUGCUGAUGGUGUCAUGAUACACUAGCCUGUGGGCAGCGAGGGAUCGGUUCCCACUCAGUGACGGUGAGGAUGUGGGUGUGAAUGGUUGUUUUUCUCUAUAUGUGCCCUGCGGCUGACUGGUGACCAGUUCAGGGGGUAGUUUUCCUUCCACUCAAAGUCAGCUGGCAUACGUUCCAGCACCCCCCGCGACCCUAUUCAGGAUAAGCCAUGUUGAAUAUGGAUGGGUGAUAGAGGGUUAGUAGAAUUUGGACAGGUGGAUGAACCUAAAGGAAGAGACACCUAACAAAUGAUUUUUUUUCCACGUGUCAUACACUUCGAUUGAUAAUUGCUAAAUUUCUCAGUCAAUGACAGUAUACUUGAUCAAAUAGAUGGCUUUCACACAACCAUCCUGGACUCAAUACCUGGCCAUUGCCGAAUUGCCCUCUGACUGACUGGCAAUUAGCCCAGAAUGCAAUUCCUUCUGUCCUAACUGUAUUUACUGGGAUAGGCUACAGCUGGAUGGAUAUUUCAUCAUUUAAAUAUGUUGUUUAAUUAUUAAUCUUUCCCAAAAAGUAUAAAUUAUUAAAUUAAAAAUAGUAACUGAUUUGUAGAGUAAUAAUAGGGUAUAGGGUAAUAAUCUCCAACAAAACACGAUUUGAUAUGAAUAUUGACACAUGAUACAUGGGGUGCAAUAUGAAUUAAGGAUGGUUCAAAAAGUGAUUCACAAGAUUCUCGGUUCCGGAUUACUCAUUUGUUCAAUAGAAGAGUCAUUACAAGAAUCAAAUUUAUUCAUAAUUAUUCAAUAGUAUGUACAAGAUCUAGUUUCAUGUGAUACAUUGCAUCUUUCAAAUAAAAAGUAAAAUUUUCA